UCUAUAUCUGUAAUUUACAGUUAGACAGUGGUCAUGUCAGUGAUGAUAAGAUUGGUAAAGCUGAGAAAGCUCCUGCUGGAGUUGGUGUGUACCUUCCCCAUGUGUUUGGUAUCCCGGUUGGACCCGACACAAGUCUUGUUUCAGCUCACGUAACAACACCAACAGGUAUUAGGGAUGAUGUGAAAAUAAAUCACAACAGAAUGGGUCACGUGACAAUGAAUUAUCAGCCAAGAGAAACAGGCCUUCAUAUUCUUCAUGUAUAUUACAAUGACAAGAAAAUCAAAGGCAGUCCAUAUCAGUUUUAUGCCCACCCACAGAACAGUAAAUAUGUGCACGCUUUUGGACCUGGACUAAGUCAUGGUAUUAUCCACAGACCAGCAGAGUUCACAGUUGUUACAAAGGCUGCUGGUGCAGGCGGCGUGUGUAUUGCUAUAGAAGGUCCUUCAAAGGCGAAGAUUGAAUGUGUUGAUAAUGAAGAUGGCUCUUGUUCUGUCACAUAUGUUCCCACUAGACCAGGAGAAUAUACUAUCAUGGUAAAGAUGGGAGAAAAAAGCAUUCCUGGAUCACCAUUUACUGCUAAAAUUUCAGAUGGACACCCAAUUAGAAAUGCUGCCGAGAUACCGAGUAUUUCAGGUGGUAAUUUCAGUUUACAGUAUGAAGGUAUACAGAACAUGGAUGUUGAUGAUCUUCAUGCAGUUGUAGAAAGUCCAUCGGGGAAUGACUUCCCAUGUGAAUUGAGGCUUCUUCCGAACGGACAUUUAGGAUUUUCUUUUACACCUGAAGAAGUUGGUCAGCAUGAAGUAAGUGUCCGUAAAUCUGGUAACCACAUCCAAAAUAGUCCUUUCAAAAUCUACAUUGAGAAAACUGAACUUGGAAGAGGCCACGCUAAUAAGGUUAAAGUUCAUGGUGACGGUAUUGUAGAAGGAGUUUCUGGAGUACAGAAUGAGUUUAUUAUUGACACUAGAGAAGCAGGAUAUGGCCAACUAGGACUUGCUAUGGAUGGCCCAAGGCGUAGUAAAGUUAACAUGGAUCUUAUAGAUAAUGAAGAUGGCACGUGCAAAGCCGUGUAUAAACCAAAAACGCCGGGGAACUAUGUCAUCAUGGUGACAUACGGGGGUCAACAUAUUCCAGGAAGUCCCUUUGAUAUCAUUGUUGAAGAACCGGCCGAGCCUAUGCCAGAAAGAUCGUUCAGAAGUGCGUCGAAACAGGGCCAAGAUUUAUGGGCGUAGGAACACAAAUAACUUAGUGUGGUAUUAGAAACAUAGAAGAGGAUUCUUCAGCUUCAAAAUAUAACAAAUUUUACAAUAAAACAAAUUUAAUAACUGCUAAUUAAUUGAGUGUCAUAUCAUACUAUACCAGGACAUUUCAUGAUGUGUGUUUAGAAUUCAUAUGUUUACAACAGAUGCAGUUAUUUUUAAUUCAUAUUGUCCGGAAGAUGAUUUUUCGCGAUGAUUUUUUCGGUGGGAGUUGGAACUAGCAUAAAUGAAAAAUUGUAUUCAAAAACGAUGAGAAAUAUUUUUAUUUUAAACAUGACUCACUAUUUAUAAAAAAAUACAACACAAUAGACUAAAGCUACAUUUCAAAGCAGACUUGUUUUGACGUGUUUUUUUAAUAUUUGUUCAAAAUCAAACCAUAUCGCACAAUCAUUAAGUGACGAAGACUCAAGGGAGAUAAUCAGGAAAUAAUUUUGACUGACAUAAAGAGAUAUAUAUAGUAUGAACAUUCAACCCCUCAUAUUGACGUUGAUUUUAUAUUGUAGCAGUGCUGAUGACUUUUGUGACAUUUUUCCCUAUACGUUACUAUUGUUAAAAAAAUCUUACCCUGUGAGCGGAAGCACUUACCUUAUCUUCAACCGGUGUAAUAGUAUAAUUUAUACCCUUAAAACCCACGCUUUAUUUCAAAAUAUGUCUAUAUACAGUGCCAUUGCAAUAAAUUUAUUUUAAAUGAUA